UAAAUAUAUACCCAUAGGGCAUGGGGGUGAACUGGAAAGAAUAGUUUGGUUGAUAGAGGAGUGAAGAAACUUAGCUGAAUGAAUGAAGGGCGGCCAAGAAAUCUCAAAAACGCCAUCCUCUUCUAAGAGAUCACAGCUAAGUCAGGGUUCAAUUGAUGUAUACGCUGCACAGUGCACAAGUUGCUUGAAAUGGAGGGUGAUUGAUACACAGGAGGAGUUUGAAGAGAUUAGACAUAAAGUCAUUCAGGAACCUUUUUAUUGCAGCAGAAAGGCUAAUCGUUCCUGCGAUGACCCUGCUGAUAUUGAAUAUGAUUGCACACGGACAUGGGUCAUUGACAAGCCUAACCUCCCAAAGACUCCACAAGGUUUUAGGAGAAGCUUGGUACUUAGAAGAGAUUACUCUAAAUUGGAUGCUUACUACAUCACACCUGUCGGGAAAAAACUUAGAACCCGCAAUGAGAUAGCAGCAUUUCUUAAAGAUCAUCCAGAAUACAAAGGUGUGUCUGUUUCUGAUUUUGAUUUUUCAUCCCCAAAGAUAAUGCAAGACACUAUCCCAGAGAUUGUUGAGCUGAAGGGUUCUGCUAACAAAAAACUUAAGAUAGCCAAAGAUGAGAUUUGAGAAAUAUCAUCACCAGUUUGCAUGCGUUGUGGAUAGUCAUUCUGGUUGGUUUGUUAGAUAUUAACUCUAGAGACUGUGUUAGGUAAAACCGAUCAAGUUUUGUUCAAAGGCUAUCUACUGUAUCCUUCUAUGAUCUACUGUUUGUUCAAAGGGUAUCUACUGUAUCCUUCUAUGAUCUAUCUGUUUGUUCAAAGGGUAUCUACUGUAUCCUUCCAUCUCUAUGUACUCCUAUCGUUUUGUUUCACAGCAGGCUUCUCUUUCUUUUUAAGUUGU